GCCUCUACAGCUGGCGGAGCGACCGCCGCACAGCGCGGCAGGCUGAACUGAACUGAGAAGCACAGCGUCUCUAUCGUCCUCCUGAAAUGCGCUCGGGCUGCGCAAGGAGACACAUCUCUACCUGUGGCCUCCGCAAACACAGAAACCCCGCUUCUGUUCCUCUGCUCCUCCAAACGUAGCGCCCGGGGGGCGGGAGGCUUUGGACCAAAAGCUUACUGAAGGAACCCGGCUACUUUGGACUCAGGCAGCCGCUGAACGCUCCUCGGUCUCUGGGUAAGCGCUCCUCUCCAAGCCUUCGCAUACCAUCAGUGUGAACCAACCUGACAUAUCAUCCACAAUCAUUUGAUGGUAUUCAAUUAAAAGCUGGACGAAUAUUCAUCUCCAUCAGAGUGUGAUUCCCAGUGGGUUUGCUGUCCUUCUAAACCCGACUUCUGGCAACACAAAGAGGCGAGGCCAUCCCUGACUAAUCAUCCACAGUGUCGAGCUGGUACCUGUCCGAUGUCCUCUGCCCACACAGUGUGAUGUAUCAUGGCUCCGGUGUUGAGUGGAGUGCGGUGGCUUUCGGAGGCGGGAGUUGUUGGGUCAGGGACGGCAGCUGCCACUGGCGCCACGUACUGGCCGCAGAGUGAGCAGCUGGUGUUGGUCGUCACACUCAGCAUCGUCACCGGCUUGUUUCUGCUCUCUGUGCUGCUUGGUCUGUGCGCCAGCUGUCGGGGGCAGAAGAAAGUAAUAAAUGGAACUACUACAGGAGAUCAAGAAAAUCUUGUAAAUGGAGUGUCGGAGAAGGAGAUGGUCAGCCAAUCAGCAGACAGUCCAAUGACUGACGCAGCAGUCAGCAGCUCUCACAACGGUCCUCUAACCAGCGGUACAAUCCUCUCAGACACACAAGACACCAGCCCUCAGUUGUCCGAGGAACUGCUCUCCAGCCAAUCAGAGCUCAGGUCCUCUAAGUGUCAUCAGGACCGAGAGCUUCCCAGCCUCCCUCCUGGCAGUGCCCCCAUGGAGGACAGACCCCCAGCCUCAGGAGACAGCACUUAUGAGGUGGUGAAGGAGAUGGAGGUGGCAUCCCGCGACGUCAGCGUUGAGGACUCGCUCUACGAGACUGUCAAGGAGAUCAAAGACACCUCAGUUCAGCCUUGCCUUGCUAACGGUACCGUCCAGCCGAGCCCCGAUGAACCUCCACCUCAACCUCCCGCCCUCGUCAACGGCCACCCCAGCCCCUGCACCCCAGAGCGGGUGCCACUGAGUGAAGGGGUCGAGUAUGCGUCUGUUGACCUGCGAAAGAAGAGCCGACACAGCGCUGACAUGGAUGCCAAAAGGCGCUCCGAUAACGCCGCCAUUCUCUCACUCAAACCUGCGGAGGAGCCAGAGGAGGAGCCGCCGCCGCCUGUACCGAAGAAGGUUCUCGAUGAAAACGACAACCAGCCAGCGGUGAUGAAUGGUGUGGAAGGGUCUGGGCUGGACAAUGGAGAGUUAAAUUCCCUGUCUCCUCCACCGGAAUUUGAAGACCACCCACAAUCAGACAAUGAAUCACCGCUGUACUCUACUGUUAAUAAGACGAACUGCAACCAGUCUUUUAGCGAGGACGACAAAGAGCACGACUACAGCAGCAUCGCAGAGAUCAAAGGUAUUGUCCCGAACUCGUCCUCCAGCGACCUCUACGCCACGGUUCAUGACAUCUACGCUCAACCUGAUGAGUCCCAGGCAGGCGAAGAGCCCCCAAUGGACAGCUCAGAUCCCGGCUACGAAUCAGUCCGCAUCCCAAAGACUAGUAGCUUUGAUGACAAUCACGGAGCCGGGAACGGCAAACCAGAGCCUGACUACGAAAGCGUGGGAGAGCUGGGUCUCAGUCGGGAAAUGUCCCGUCUUUGAGCUGACCGCCUCAGCGUCGCGUCUUACAGUAGCACUUUGAAGCAGCUGUUUAGGAUGCCUUUAAUGCAAACUGCUUCUCAUAGUUUCCUUAUCGAGUGUACAUCUUCUUUACAGCUUAGGUACAGCUUAUCAUAUGUGAACGUUAUUAAUCAACCAGAGUGAGACAUCGGUACUGGUAGGCCUUAAAAACUCUGGGUUGUUAAAAAUAAUCGCAACAUAUUCUGGUCAACAGAGAAAAAAAAAAAAGAUAUCGAUCUAGUGCCAUAUAACUUGCAUAAAAGUCAUUCAGUAACUGUAUUAUGUGAAGAUUUGAUUAUUUGUAUUGCUUCUCUGCACCAGCUAGUUUUUCAAGCUUCUAGAUAACUGUCAUAUUUUACUGAAGCAUCAAACGGCAUAUUUCUAGGCCUUCUUCUGUCAAGUUUGCGGCACCUCCACUGUGCAUUCUCACUAGAUGUUCCUGUGAAAGGGUUUGUAGCGGAAAAAGAGUCAAUUGAUGAAACUGAGACGGCUACCUUCUUUAGUGGGCUUGACAUUUGAAAGGUUGGAAACAGUCACUGCGAAGGAAAAAAAUUGUUUUUCGUUUGAGCUUUAGAGUUUCAUAGUACAUUUUGACCUUUCUAUAAACUUUAGGGUCGACAGCAACAAGUUUUGUACAAAUCAUAUUGUAUUUAUUUGAAAAUGUUUAUUAUUGUGUAAUUGUGAAAUGUUUCUGACUGCGUCUGUGAGAGGAUUUUAUAGAAGUUUCGUGUAUUUUCAUUGAGAUACUAAAUGAAAGUUAACAGAGGGUUUGAUGCCACUUCGGUACACGUUUCUUUCAUUUUAUUGAUAAGAUGUCAGCUUUCACAAACUUUGAAGUACUUAUGUGUUUAAAUGACAAAACACACUUGCCUAAUUGUAUUCUUUAACAGUUUUUUUGUCUUUUUGGUACAAGGGACAGUCUUCAUGUUGCUUCAAAGCACUUAAAUUAUUUUAAUGGUACUACAGAAAUCAUCACCACAGUUCAGUUUUUAAAGCACCUUCAACAUUUAUUAGCACCUCUAAUAAAGACCUGCACAAAGCCUUAAAAAUAUAUUAAUUUGUAUUUCAGGAGCAUAACUCCGCUCUGAAAUUUUCACAAAAGUGUUCUUUGGAUAUGCUUCUUAUCAUCUUACUUACAGUGUGUGUGACAAGAUAAACACUUUCUUCACAGUAUUGAAAAACGUAGAUAUAUAUAUAUUUUGACUUGGAUAAGAAAGAAAAACCUGGAAAUUAAGUUUCCAGAGUUGUUUUAUUAUCUAAAAGACAAAACCUCAGAUUAUCUGAAAAAUUAGUCUUGUAUACAUUUAUCUUUGAUUUGCCAAAUAGAAAUUUAGGCUUCAGUCGUCUUUUUUAUCGUUCGUAUUUUUUAUGUCUGUGAGAGAACCCUUAUUUAAAUGUUCGUCCAGAAAGUAAAAAAAAGAGCAGUUUCACCUUAUUACCUUUUAGAGACUUUUAGAUCAAUAAUUUCACAUUUUUGUGGUUUUCGAUGCCCCAGGACCACAGGGCCAGCAGACUGAAAUUUUUACAUUGCAUAAGGUAUCAAAGAUCACCAGCUGCUUUCCAGAAUCUAUGUUUAGCGUAAUAUAAUGCACUCUUGGUUUACAAGGAGAUAUAGAUUUUUUAAAGAUCUGUGAUCUAAUUUCUCAUAAAAACUGUGAGAUUGUCCUUUACCACAUCUCUGAAUCAAAAGCCAACUUCAGCAUUGUGAUUUUUAGGGUCUGUGGAUCACACUGCUAAUGAAAUCAAACUAGUGAGAUGUUUUUUACUCCAAUGUCCAAAAUGUUGUAAAAACUACAAAAAAUAUCCACAAAUGUGUUUUGAAUGGUGUAGAUUUUUUUUUUAAAUUGUAGGAAGUAACACUUCCUGGGUAAACAUGGGGGCUCAAUAAGCUUUGAUUUUUCAGUGCUUUUACAAUAUAAAAUUGAUCUGACUGUUUCUACGGUAAUCUUUAGGUGGAUUGCUAUUUUGUUUUCCUGUCUUCUAAAUAUCAACACACAUCUGGCUUACUUCAACUGUAUGUUCUCAUGUCUUCUCAAAUUAGAGUGCCUCAGUGAAAUUCGCUGCUGUCUCACACCAGUUAUAUCAAAGGGAAAAUUGGAUUUCCCUCUAUUAAUGUUUUUAGUAUUAUUUUACAUUGCUAUUUUAAUAAAUAUCAUAGGUUUAAGUAAGUCUCCAAAUUCUGUGAUUAACUUUUGUAAAAUAUACAUUAAAAAUGAAUCAGUUUCACUAUUUGUAAAUCUAAUGGUACAUUUCACAAUACUUUUUUAUAAACCAAAUAAUUGCUACUUAAAUGUUUUUUUCCUUAACUGAUCAAAUGUUUUCAAAUUAAAGGCUGAAUUUUUUUUUUGCGUGAUUAUGCUACUCCAUUACAAGAUGCAUUUAUUUUUAAGUCUUUUGACACAUCUCUAAUAUGGGUGCCAAUGAAUUCAGAAGGUUUGUAUGUGUAAACUUUGAGCACAUAAUGUAUUUUAGAUCCAUCUACUUAACAUCUUGUACUGACGAAAUGCCAGCCAAGGUGUGUAUAUAGUAAAAGCACUAUUUUAACCAGCUGUUAUUCACAGGAAAUGCUAUGUAAUCUUGUACCUAUUUGUGAAAUGUCAAGAUUUUUUUUUAUUUAAGAGCAAUUAUGAAUGUCCAUCUUGUUUUUUUUUUGUUUUAGUUGAUUGUAACAAAGUGGCAACUAAUCAAAUGUGAGUGAAGUGGUACAAUUACUUUGGUACAAGCAUUGAAAGAUGAGUUUGGUACUUAAAUUUGAAAAAAAAAAAAAGUCUUUGAGUAUGUUUACUUGGUUGCAAUUUUGCUGUAUUUUUUUAUCCCUCUUUGCCACAGUAUACUCCCCUUGCAGAAAAUUACUGUCAGCUGUUUCCACCCACAUCCAAAUAUUAAAGUGUUACAGUAUCUUCAGCUAGUUUGUUUCAUGAGACAUUAUGGAGCUUGUUUGUGGUUUAAGAACAGACAGUCGACCUGUUCUGACUGGUAAUCGAUUCUUAAAUGAUGCACAAACUAAAUAUUCUUCUUCUAAUGUUCGAUCUUUGAAUGAGUCCAUGCAUUUCACCCCUAGUGCUCUACAGAUAAAGGCCAGUAAGAAAGUACACAUUUCAACAAGAACGUAAUGGUGAGUGUUAUUUAUACCCUCCUGUGUAAGAAGAGCAAAUAUUUGAGGGUAUUGCUCCCCUAUGCAGUAAUGUAGCUGCAUAUCAGGUAAUCAGAUUUAAUGUUGUUCUCAGAAUGCUAUGAAGAACCUCUAAGGAAAUGCCAAAUGGAGACGUUUUAGUGCCAAAUCUAAUCAGGACAACAUAUAUUAGUAGACCUAAACUCACUUCUGCUCCUUCUCCUCCUAUCCUGGUCAUAUAAACACAGAUUUUCCCCUGCAGGGAGGGCGGGUCUGGUUGAGGUUUACAGAAGUGCACCCCUCCCUCUAAUGUCUUUUCUUUAGCUCUAGUCCUCCCAUAAUGAGGCCAUUUGUUCCUCCUGAAUAAGCAGCAGACAACUCUGUAGUGACACCCGCCUUUGAUCAAAGGGCAAAGCCCGUUUUGGCAGUUACUGUCACAUCUGCUGCUGCGCCACAUCAAGUUUCCAAUCUUUACAAGUAAAUAUUUUAUCACAUGAAAUCUUCUAUUAAACGAUGAAUAUUA